AUGCCGUUCCAGUGGUAUAUGACUAACCCCUUCUGCCCUUCAUAUGGUACAUGCCAAGUAACUAGUUUGUACAACAUGCCUGCAGGAAGCAUGCCCCUAAUGAAGCAGUUAAGUGUUGCGAUCAUUGACAGCAAUCCUGCUUUAAUGAGUGGGCGUUCCAUCAACAAAGAGGAUCCCCAGAUCCAAGGUGACAGUUCUACUUUGAAGAUGUUGGCACUUGGCAUUAUGUUGAACAACAUCGACAUGAAUGAUCGGGCUAAGAGUGAGAACUUGGAUUUGUAUCAAAGAGUAGCAGUUUGUGCAAAAAUUCCCGAAAUUGGGUAUAUAUCUAGCCUAGCUUUUAUAGCACUUUGCAUAUCCGGGAACAAUCUGAAGAAUGACCUUUUAGCAUAG